UGGCAGGCAGCUGCUGGGCUGACACGUAACUAAAGUUAAAGGUGCUAUGGAGGCCUCGUCGGGGACUUGAGGACUUUACUUUUCCCAGCAGCGUCUUUGAAUUGCGUCGGAGAAGUUAAAAGUCUGCAAAGGGAAACGAAGGCGCACGCGGGAGCCGCCAGCCUCGGUUUGACCUGCAUUUCAGCCGCGCGGGGACGGACUUUUAACGUGAAGCCAAGCGAAAAUCUGAGCGGCUACUUUGAAGUCGCAGGCGAGAGUCGCGACUGGAUGCGGCUAUGCUAAAAUAAUGUACACAUCGGCCGAUAUUAGCACUUGAAUUGCGUUUUCUGCUUGGAAAUGCUCGGGGAGUGAGGGGACGGGGGUCUCUUUCGGUCUUCACCAGGAGGUAGAAAGUUGAGUAGGAAGUUUCCAGCAGCAGAGACGGGGUUUUGUCGCGCAGACAGCGGGGAGGGGCGCGGGUCCAACAUGGGAAACGGGGUGUGCUCCCGGAGGCAGCGGAGGAUCUUCCAGUGUCUCCUGCUGGUCACCGUGGUCUGCGGGAUGAUGUACGGGGGGAUGAUCUCGUAUGAGAUGCACAAACAGCUCACGAGGACGGAGGCUAUGGCACUGAAGUACCAGCAGCACCAAGAGUCCCUCUCGGCUCAGCUCCAAGUGGUGUACGAGCAUCGCUCCCGGUUAGAGAAGUCUCUUCAGAAGGAGAGGUUGGAGCACAAAAAGGCCAAAGAAGAUUAUCUGUCUUAUAAACUGGAAGCACAGCAGUCACUCAAUAAAGAGAAGCAAGACUCCAGCAGCAGAUUCAAUUCUCUACAAGUGCAGCAUCAGAUGCUAAAGAACCAGCAUGAAGACCUGAAGAAGCAGUAUUACGAGCUGCAGGACCAGCACCAAGUCCAGGGCGAGGACCACAGCCGGCUGCUGGAUGAACACAGGGAGCGCUACGACAAACUGCAGCAGGUCAAAGAGGUGGAAAUCUCUCAACUCAAAGAUAGUAUGUAUAAUCUGAGGGAAGAGAAUAAACAGCUAAGGAAAGCCCACCAUGACAUUCACAUACAGCUGCAGGAUGCACAGGUUCGCCAUCAGGAGCUAAAGGCAGCCCAUGACCACCUUGCACUGACACUGGAAGACCACAAGAGUGCGCUGGUUGCAGCUCAGGCACAGGUGGAUGAUUACAAGCAGCUGAAGGAGUCCCUGAACAGGGCGUCCAGUCAGAGACAGCCUGAAGAACACCCCAUCCCUCUGCAGCCACAAGCCGUUGCCAUAGCACCAGAGUCCCACGUUCAUGAAGCCCAGCAGCCACCAACAGAACAGAAACAGGAGCCCAUCCGUGAGGAAGGUCACCAGCACACUGAGUCCAGGCUGGGCCAUCAGCAGGAGGAGGAGGGGCAUGCCCAGUCUCAGCACACCUUGUCAGACAAAGAGGAGGAUGGAGAGGGAGAGGCCGAGAGGAGGAGGGAGCUGGCGGAGGAGGAGAUGGCUCAAGCAGGACAGCCUCAGAAGCUGGAGGAGGACCCGGACCAACCGCAGGACGAGCAGCAGGAGGAAGAGGAGGAGCCAGAACCGGAACAGCCGGACGAGAACGCCCUGGACCGACAGAGACGCCAGCCGCAGCCGGGUCCCCAUCCAGAGCUGCAUCCGGAGGCCCAGCUGCAGCACGAGGCGCACGCCCAGGUGGAGCACGUGAAGUCGGCCUACGAGCAGCAGCAGGAGCAGCAGCGCCUGGAGGCUCGACGGGCCGAGGAGCGCAGGCAGAUCCAGAUGCAUCAGGAGGCCCUGCAGGUCCAGAGAGACAAGGUGCUGAAGGAGCGGGAGCAGAGGCUGAAGGAGGAGCAGGAGAGAGAGCAGCAGCAGCACAGGGAGGCCGACAGACGGGAGCAGCUGCUGAGAGAGGAGCACCAAAGGAAGAGAACCGAGUACGAGAACAUGGACAAUGAUAUUGUCCAAGGAGAGGAGGACCGUCACACUGACGACGAAGAAGAGAGAGAUGUUCGUAUGUUACACGAGGAGGAGGAGAAACACGAAGAGGAUCACAGAGUGCCGCCGCAUCAGCAGGUGACGGGUGCAGUAGAUGGUGAGCUGGACCCAGAGGACGACCCCAACAACCAAGGAGAGGACGAGUUCGAGGAGGCGGAGGAUGAGCGGCCGCAGCACAGGCUCGCAGAAGAGGAAGAGGAGGCGGUGGAGGAGGAAGAGGAGCCGGCAGCGCCAGCCCAGCACGUGGACACACACCCGCACCCCGGACAGCCCGCUGUGGAGGAGGAGCUGGUGAUGGCUGGAAACCCAGAUCAACAGGAAGACACGCUGGAUGACCAAUACCAGGAGGAAGGAGAGGACGAGGCACAGGAGGACAUAGCUGGUGGGCAGAAGAGAGAGGAGGAGGAGGAGGUGGAGGAGGAAGGAGAGGAUCCAUAUAACGAGGAGAACAUAGAACAGGAUGAAGUAAAAACCCAGGAGGGACCAAAAAAAGAAGGGGAUCACAGACGAGAGGCCGAGAACAACGAGGAAGAGAAUUACGAGGAGGAAGAAGAGGAGGCAGAGGAGGAUACGGCUGGUCGAGACAAAGGAACCAAUCGGAGGGCAGAGAUGUAAGACGGACUUUGCAGACUUUGACCAGCUGCAGUGCCUUUUCCGCUGGCCUCGGAGCCUACCUGGUCUUUCUUUCCCUUGUUCCCCAAAGGAAUAAAACCAGCCAUCCAUUCAGAAAAGUAGGAAAAUUAGGAUAUUAUGUCUGGAAGAUGGUAUGCUAUUCCAAACGCUGUGGGAUGGAACUGAGCAGCUUACACUGUGGAAAUGGACAGAAUUUGAUGGGUCAGAAAUGGGACGUAUACUGUUUGUUUGUUUGUUUGUUUGUUUUAAACUCAUUUGCCUUCCUGUCUACUCGCACGUCUGCCUGAUUGCCUGAUCUGUUUUUUUCGCAGCAGACGGGCAGAGAAUGUAUUUUCAUCAUGUGCUGUCUAUGAGUAUGUGUAAAGAAAGCAAAGAUAAAUUAUGUUAUUCUGAUGUCCUCGCGUUCAGGCCUUUAAAUGUAUGUUUUAUGCAAACAGCUGUAUUCUUUGUAGAGCUCAGAGUUUUUAAAUUUACAUCUUGUCAUUCCAAUCAAUCAAGUCAUUUUCUGUUAUUUAUUGUUGAUUGUAACAACUCUGACAAUCAUAAAAAGGUGCAACAGAUCUUUUUAUUUCCCCUGACUCAACUAGUUUGUGUCAUAAUGGCUUUUACCAACCUCUUGAAGCUGAUGCACAGUGUUUUCACCAGAUAUUUCUGCAAAUGCCCGUCAACAGAGACAUUUCUGGUGAAGCCGUUCUGUGCUGAAAGUGUCACGCUGACAUGUGCCUUUCCAUUCUUGGAAACCUCUUCUUGGUUCUAGUCAUUUUACAUUUGGAAAAGCAUUUGAGUAGGACAUGAGCGAUAAGAGCACGCCAGUUAGUGCUGUGCCCCUUGCAUACUGCUUCAGCGUAGCCUUAAAUCGAGGGCUGUUUCAUGUCAACUGCUGGUGUGAAUUCAGUUCACAAAAAUAAUGCAGUUUACUGCAGAAUCUUUAGUCUACUGUACAAUGUAUAGUAAAAAUAAAUGCUGACAAUUUGUACAUUUUUCCACUGGUUAUAUUUGAUACAAAAAAGUGGGAUUUUGAUUAUAUUGAACCAAGUUUGUCACCUGAAUGGUGUGUGUGGAAUAAAGUGGUGGAAGGAUUUCAGGUCA